AUGGCAGAGAGGUUAAAAUUUCCAUUCGAAAUUAAGAAUGUUACGGAAGAAGAAGACAAAAUAGUCAAGAAAUAUUAUAAAGAUUAUAUACGGCCGUUCGUUAGAGUCGGUCCCAAGGGCUUUUUUUGGAUGGCAGGAUAUGGAGACAAGGCAGAAGACAUUUACAAUCUAGAAGUUCGCCCAGAUGACAUUUGGAUCGUCUCUUUCUCGCGAUCUGGUACUACCUGGUUACAAGAGUUAGUAUGGUUGCUAUCCAAUGACUUGAACUAUGAACGCGCGUCGGCUGAACCAAUAACGAAAAGAUACGCUUUUAUUGAAUAUCCCACACAAAGAUCGGAAGUAGAAAAGCCCAGCCCUCCAAUUGGUGGUCAUGGAGCCACUGUACACGACUAUAGGGACUUACAUACUUUGGAUUCACCCAGAUACGUAAAGACACAUCUGAACUUGGAUUUCUUACCACCAAAGCUUCUUGAUACAGCUAAGGUGUUCUACAUAGCUCGAGAUCCCCGUGACGUGGCAGUAUCGUUUCAUUUCAUGCACAAACUAUUCCGAUACUUCGACGAAGAGGUGGAGUUCAAGGAGUUCUGGGAACUCUACAAACGUAACUUGUUACUGCAUAUGCCUAUUUUCCCUCACAUCGAAGAAGCUUGGCAGAAAAGAAAUCAUCCUAACAUGAUGUUUUUGUUCUACGAAGAGAUGCAAAAGGAUUUGAGGAAAGUUAUCGACCGAGUGUCGAGUUUUCUCGGAAAGACCUAUACUGAAGAGGAGAAGAAUAAAUUAGCAGACCAUUUGACAUUUGACAACAUGAAGAAAAGACCAGCGUUCAAAACCAAGAAUGACAACAAACAUACUGAAAUUAAGUUUAUGCGUAAAGGUAAAUCCGGUAAUUGGAUCAAUUAUUUUGACACAGAGGAACUGCAUAGUGAAGCUGAGGCUUACAUGGCUGAAAAUCUUAAGAAAACAGAUCUUCGCUUUCCAGAAGCCGAAUAA